UCCUCGGGAUGACUGCCCUUUGCCUGCUKAAGCUUUUACGCCAAGCCACCAGAAAGGAGAACAGAUUCACGAGGAGUCUCUGUGGUGCCAUCCUAGCAGAGACCCCACAAAGGAGGAUCCUUUCUGAACCCUCCCUGGUGGUGCCAGAUUCUACCAAGCCACCUGUGUUGGGAGCUACAAACCCCUUUUGCACAGCCGUAAAAUCUGGCGCAGACCCGAAAAGGAAGGCGGCGUUCGGGAGCGUUGGGAGGAGAAUUCCCUAUCGGAUUUUGCAUGUCAUCAACGAGAAUGGAGAGAGCUUGGGGAACAUGCACCGAGCGGAGGCGCUCAAGCUCAUGGAYCAGCACAACCUGAAGCUGGUUCUGCUUCGUGAGAGCGCCGAGCCCCCCGUGUACAGACUCAUGACGGGGAAGCAGAUUCACGAAGAGCAGCUCCGUCGUGCAGAGAAGAAAAAAGCAAGUGCUAAAGCAGAGCAGGUUCGGAAGGAGUUAUCCUUUUCUUCAAGUAUCGCCAGGAAUGACCUAGAGACCAAGACUAAGCAGAUAGCACAGUGGAUUGAGAAGAAGUACCACGUGAAAGUCACCGUGCGCCAGGCGAAAGACAGCGCUGCGGACAUGUUCACGGUUUUUGAUCAGAUUUUGAAGACUGUGUCUGAGAAAGCCACUUACCUUUCCAAGCCAAAAGUGAUUAAAGAGGGAGUGAGUACCUGUGUUUUGAGGCACAUGUCUGAAAAGGAGUUGAAAGCACAGCAGAAACUAGAAAAACAGAAACUGGAAAAUUCUAUCCCUGUAGCAAGGAAAGAUGAGAAUGAAGCUCCAAAAUCAAGUGAGUUGAAUCAGUAACUUUAAUGAAUAUGUGUGAAUAGUAUUAAAUUCUCAAUAAUAAUAAUAAAAAAAAAAAGUUAUUGUCA